CGCAGGACUGCUCCCGGCCCGGAUCGCUAUGGCAGCGGCGUCGUCGUGGGCCGGGACCCCGCUAUCCCGCCCGGGCCUGGCUGCCUCAACAGCCGCCCCCACUGCACACUUUAGGGCAUGAACCGAGCAUCCUGCUGCUUCCCGCUGCCCUACCCGCCGCUGCCGCCGCAUCCCGUCUCUGGGCCAGCGCUGGGAACAUGCCCCUGGACGCCUACUGCUACCUGCGGGUCGUGGGCAAGGGGAGCUACGGAGAGGUGACGCUUGUGAAGCACCGGCGGGACGGCAAGCAGUAUGUCAUCAAAAAACUGAACCUUCGAAAUGCCUCUAGCCGAGAGCGGCGAGCUGCUGAACAGGAAGCCCAGCUCUUGUCUCAGUUGAAGCAUCCCAACAUUGUCACCUACAAGGAGUCAUGGGAAGGAGGAGAUGGUCUGCUCUACAUUGUCAUGGGCUUCUGUGAAGGAGGUGAUCUGUACCGAAAGCUUAAGGAGCAGAAAGGGCAGCUUCUGCCUGAGAAUCAGGUGGUAGAGUGGUUUGUACAGAUCGCCAUGGCUUUGCAGUAUUUACAUGAAAAACACAUCCUUCAUCGAGAUCUGAAAACUCAAAAUGUCUUCCUAACAAGAACAAACAUCAUCAAAGUGGGGGACCUAGGAAUUGCCCGAGUGUUAGAGAACCACUGUGACAUGGCUAGCACACUCAUUGGCACACCCUACUACAUGAGCCCUGAAUUGUUCUCAAACAAACCCUACAACUAUAAGUCUGAUGUUUGGGCUCUAGGAUGCUGUGUCUAUGAAAUGGCUACCCUGAAGCAUGCUUUCAAUGCAAAAGAUAUGAAUUCUUUAGUUUAUCGGAUUAUUGAAGGAAAGCUGCCACCAAUGCCAAGGGAUUACAGCCCAGAGUUGGCAGAACUGAUAAGAACAAUGCUGAGCAAAAGGCCUGAAGAAAGGCCGUCUGUCAGGAGCAUCCUGAGGCAGCCUUAUAUAAAGCGGCAAAUCUCCUUCUUUUUGGAGGCCACAAAGAUAAAAACCUCCAAAAGUAACAUUAAAAAUGGUGACUCUAAAUCCAAGCCUUUUGCUACAGUGGUUUCCGGAAAGGCAGAAUCAAAUCAUGAAGUAAUCCACCCCCAACCACACUCUUCUGAGGGCUCCCAGACAUAUAUAAUGGAUGAAGGCAAAUGUUUGUCCCAGGAGAAACCCAGGGCCUCUGGUCCCUUGAAGUCACCUGCCAGUCUGAAAGCCCAUACCUGCAAACAGGACUUUAGCAAUACCACAGAACUAGCCACAAUCAGUAAAGUAAAUAUCGACAUCUUACCUGCAAAAGGGAGGGAUUCAGUGAGUGAUGACUUCAUUCAGGAUAAUCAGCCAAGACACUUGGAUGCCUCUAAUGAGUUAGGAGGUAUAUGCAGUAUUUCUCAAGUGAAAGAGGAGAUGCUUCAGGACAACAGUAAAUCCAGUGCCCAGCCUGAAAACCUGAUUCCCACGUGGUCCUCUGACAUUGUCACUGGGGAAAAUGAACCAGUGAAGCCUCUGCAGCCCCUAAUCAAAGAACAAAAGCCAAAGGACCAGCGACGGCAGAAGAAGAGAGAACAGACUGAGCACAGAGGGGAAAAGAGACAGGUUGGCAGAGAUCUCUUUGCUUUCCAAGAGUCGCCUCCUCGAUUUUUGUCUUCUCAUCCCAUUGUUGGGAAAGUGGAUAUCACAUCAAUACAAAAAGAGGCUGAAAACCAAUGUAGAGUGGUCACUGGGUCUGUGAGCAGUUCAAGGAGCAGUGAGAUGUCAUCAUCAAAGGAUCGACCAUUAUCAGCCAGAGAGAGGAGGCGACUAAAGCAGUCACAGGAAGAAAUGUCCUCUUCAGGCCCUUCAGUGAGGAAAGCUUCUCUGAGUGUAGCAGCGCAAGGAAAACCCCAGGAGGAAGACCAGCCCAUGCCCGCCCGACGGCUCUCCUCUGACUGCAGUGUCACUCAGGUGCAUUACGUACUCCUAAGAGAGAAGAAGGAAAGUCAGACAAAUGAAAUUAAUGCCUUGGUACAACUGAUGACUCAGACUCUGAAACUGGAUUCUAAAGAGAGCUGUGAAGAUGUCCCGGUAGCAAACCCAGUGUCAGAAUUCAAACUUCAUCGGAAAUAUCGGGACACACUGAUACUUCAUGGGAAGGUUGCAGAAGAGGCAGAGGAAAUCCAUUUUAAAGAGCUACCUUCAGCUAUCAUGCCAGGUUCUGAAAAGAUCAGGAGACUAGUUGAAGUCUUGAGAGCUGAUGUAAUUCAUGGCCUGGGAGUUCAGCUUUUAGAGCAGGUGUAUGAUCUUUUGGAGGAGGAGGAUGAAUUUGAGAGAGAGGUCACCUGGCUGGAAAGAGUGGCAGGGCCCUGUCUGGUCAGGAACUGGAUUUGGGUGUGCUCCCCGGACAACCAGCUGGAUGAUGUCUCGUACCUAUUGGAGAGACUGCAGUCCUGUAUAGGUUGGCAGUCAUUUGUUCCGGGUUUUUGGACUGGCAAAAAUGGAGUAUUCCAGGCGGACUGACAUGGUAAGGAGGUAGUACAAGAGGAGCCGAGGGGGCUGAGAGUCCGCACAAAAAUGCGGACCGACUCAAAAGGACCUUGGAAGUGGGAUCAUGAAUGGUGCAUGAGUGGAACCAGGGAGGAGGGUUCCAGACCAAAUCUAGCCAUUGAUCAAUGUAGGGAAACUGAUCGGGGUGACUGAGACUUCCAGUAAUGACCUGCCACACAGCCUGAACAGCUGUGGGGUUAAAUGACCCUUCUGGGGGCCACCCAGUUCCAAACUGUGGCCAUUCUACUUCACAGAGUGUCCAGAGUUUGCCUUUCUUCAGGCAGACUCCAUAAUCCUCUGAGGAGCCUCAAGAGAAAUUCUGCAACAUACAUUGGAAAGGACUCACUCUUCACAGGGCUGGGAAGAGGAGUUUCCCAUUUUGGAGGCAGUUUAACAAGGUUUGAGCAGAGAGAUUAAACCCAGCACGAACAGAGAAAUUCACAACCUGCGGGGGGCUGGCGUAUCGGAAGAACAGAAAUAACACAACCAGAAAGAGCAGGAAAACAACUAUAGCCAACACUUACUGCCACAUGAAGUUGGUUUUCUUAAGCUUCAAGAUUUAGGGAGGAGGACUGGAGGCUGACCUGAGGGCUCCUUGGCCAGCCAGACCUAGAUGACCUCCCUCUUCCCCUUGACCUACAGCCUAAAUAUUUUUGGUGUCUCCAUGACUCAAAGACAGAAAGUUCCUGUCUGGACAGAGGGAGGGAGGGAACAAAAAGAACAAAGGGACUAAAAUGGCGCAUUUCCGGGUUCUUCAUUGUUAACUCUCCCGCGCCCGGGAAAGACACGGGUGGACUGCGCAGGCGCAACCUGACCUCUGCUGGAGAAAAACCGGAACCCGCCUAGCCACGCCUACUGCCCCACCCCUGACCCGCCUAUGUCCCGCCCACUGGCCUCCCACUCCCGGGCCAGGACAUAAAAGCGGCUCCCUGCAGGCGCGGGUUGCGAACUUCCUUGGCCCCUGCUCCUGUGCGGACCUAGGAACCUUCCCCCGGAGAACGCCGGAGCGACUUCAUCGGCCUCCAACGCCGGAGACCGGUGAACCUCGCCCCUCCUUCACAUUGGCUUGUAAAUAAAGUUUUCUUUUACUUUGCCUACUUGCCUAUUCUCUGGCACUUACUCUGGUGGUCGUCUGGAGUACUCUGGUGGUCGUUUUGGAGCAAAUCAGUUCCAACUUGACCUUCUCGUUCAAGGGUUUUAGGAGGGAGAGUAGAGCCAAAUCUUGGAGGCGCUGGACUUGCUCUGACACAGGAAAACGAGAUAUGUGGGGUAAGGGAUAAGGAUUAGAAGGAAAGGGGCCACUCGGAUCUUUUCUAAGGUAGGAGAGUAGACACAGGGGAACAGAAUAAGAGUCCAGACAGAGUAAAGCAGUAUGAGCGUAGGCUUCUCUACACAGACUUCUAUUCAAAAGCAUGUGAAAAGUUACAGGAUGACAGAAAAGGUGGGCAAGCAGGUCUGCAGGGUGGCUAUUCUGAAUCCACCACUGAUCUAAUGUGGAGGCGGUCCAGUCACUUGGGCAUGGGAUGUGGCAAUCUAAACUCCAGCAGCCUUUAUGGUGCCAGAAAUUCCAAAUGGGCAAGUGUUUCCCACACCCCUUCCCGUAACAACACCUGAUUUGUUUCUGACAGAAAAGGCAGGACUGGGACGGCCAGCCCAAACAACUGAUGAGGAAUUUGACCUCCUGUGGUAGAAAAUCAGUAUUGAGGACCUUGAAGAAGUUCUUUCCCAGUCGCCUUGGGCAGUGUCGGUGACCUGACAGACGAAACUUAGAAAGACACUAAACAAGACAAUAGACACUAGUGCAUAUAAACAAGUUUGACUUUUUUUUUUUUUUAAUAGACAAGGGGUGGGGGUCCCGUGAUGGGAUCAGUCAGAUGCCUGUCUGGCUGCUCCCCUUGAGGGGACUUAGGCUCCUUUCAGCAUUGGCAGGCUGGUAUAAACCCCUGGCUCGGAUUGAGCUAUGGCUGAUGCUGCCUUAAGCCUUAUGAGGUCGCCACGGAACCACAGGUGAGGGCCCACUCGAACUCCGUAGCUUUCGCGUGGACAAACUGGAAGUUGAAGCACAAGCCCUUGACCUCCCCAUUUACGCACUCAUUCACACAGAGUUUAUAACAGUUUUAUUCUUGUUCUAAAACAGAGGUCUCCAGGAGACCUGAACGAGAAAAUGAGAAGAGAUAGAGAAAGAGAC